AUGCAGUCCACUCUUGCACCUCAUGUGGACAAGUUCCUGUAUAAUCCAGAGACUAGUAGUAGUGAUGGUACAAGCAGUGGUGAUGAAACACCCUUUGAUUGUGCCAUGACAAAAGAGCAGCCAAGAACAUCAUCAUCGUCAACUCCAAUCAAGGCGAAGACGCAGGAAGACAGCAACGAUAUCAAGAAGAUGGUGGAUUCGGAAUAUUCGUAUGAAGACGGUCCCUCAUUUGACUGUGACGGUCCUCCUCCGAACAUGGAAAACGGAAUCAAGGUUGAUUUCGGAUUGGCUAGCACUGCAUUCGGUGUUACUCCCAUCAAAUCGAACAAAACCGAUCAUGCUGAUCGGGAUGAUGCCACUGUAAUGACGGAACCAGUGACACCAUCUCCCUUCAAAACGCAAUCCUCAAGCAAAAAGUCUAUUUCCUCUUCCACGAGACGAAGAAGACAAUCGCGCAACGAAGACUCGCCUUUUGAUGAAAUGCCGUUUGAUGAAAGUCACGAGGCGUAUAUCGAUAGUCCUUAUCGUUUGGAUACCAUUGUUGCAGCGGCAAACAGGAAAACUGUUUCGGUCCUAGAUCGAAUGGAAAUGGAACCCGAUUUUCCAGAAUCGAGACUGCCACCGCGACCCGAGCGUCGACGACGAAAGGACGAUUUACAUGGUAGUAAUCACAGCGCAAGUACCUGUGAAGACGAUGCUGAUGCUGACAUAGAUUACGAAGCCGAUGUGGAACGUCCCCAAGGAAACAAGGACUUUGGUGAAUAUCCCUACAGCGACGAUGAUGAUACCAUCGGGACUGCGGCAUCGGAAAAUGUGAAUAGUGUGCCAACGGUACGACGACGAAAUAAUCGCAAGGCCAACAUGGUAUUGCCGACCAAGAAGAACAAGCCAAGCAAACCUGCAAUUGAAGAAUGGUGUCUCAACAAUGUAUUUGAUAAUAUUGCUACGGACGCUGCCUUGGAUGUUGCCGAUUGGUUUGCAGAUGGAUAUGUGGAAGGCAAGAAUAAUGUCAAGACCCUAGUCUAUGAUUGUCUUGUUCCAGUGAAGGAUGGGCGAGGGUAUGUUGAAGAUGGCGAAGAGAUGGUUCAGCUCCAGAGAUCCACCGAUUUGAAAUCAGAUCUCAGGGUGAAGCUAAAUGAGGCGAAAAAGAGUGCCAAGACUAUGGUCGAUGACUACGAUCUAAGACUGAAGCUAAAUGAGGUAAAGGAAAGUGCCAAGACCAUGGUUGAUGACUGUUUAGUUCCUGGGAAAGAAAACGCGCAUGGUGGACGAGGGUAUGCCGGCAGUCAUGGUGGCGAAGAGAUGGUUCAGCUUCUAAGAACCACAGACGAGAAAUCAGAUCGGGCAAAGAUGGGGGUACCAUUGACUGAGGAGCCGAAGAAGCCAAAGCGAGUUCCGAGAAAAUUGGCACAGAGGGGGAGAAAGUCAAGGAGGAGCAUGGAUGAUAUCCAGAACGAACAUGACGAAUCAUCGACAAACCACUCCGCAUUGCGUGCGAAGAAGGCAGGGAGCUUUCGAAAUAUGGCGCCCAGAAAGGAGAUAAAGGCAAGAAGGAGCAGAGAGCAUCUCGAUGAUGAUGAAUCCAACUACUCCUCAAUGCGAUCGAAGGGCGAGACCCACCAUCCAGCAAAAAAGGCUCCAACUGAAAAAUCCAAUCUUGCAACGCCCACCAUUCUUACACGAACCCGAAGCUUGUUGGAGGAUACCCCAACAAAGGUCCCGCUUCCUUUUAUUCAGCGUUCUGCUACCGUUGACGAUGAAGCAAUGUUCGCUGGAAAUUUGGAGAUGAGCCACAGUUUUGAUUCCACUUCAACGACAAAAACUGACAACUUUUCCGUACACCACGAGAACAAUGAAGCGGAGGACGACGAUAACGAACAUGUCAGCAGCUCGAUGAAGGACAUCACUGUUGCCAAGCAAUCGCCCCCCGACAAGCAAGGUGAAGUUCCAGCGGUAGAUGAUGAUGAUGACGAUGGCAGUGCUUUGGACCAAGCAGCAGAAAUGGCGGCUAUAGUGAGAACCAAGCCUCUAGUGCCAGUCUUAUCACAAGAGAAGCCACCCUCCGAAGAUCUUGUUUCGGAGUCGACAAAUGCUACGAAGCAAAAUGAUCACCCUCUUCGGCAAUUCAAAAUGCCAUUAGGCACUCAAAAAAUGACUAUGGCUCAGGCGAAGGAGGUGCUCAAAGCAGCAAAAUCCAGUGGUGGCAUCCAAUCUUAUCCAAUGUUCCUCGAGAUGGAACCAGAAUCAAAGUAUGCCGAUACACCGCCCAAAUCCAUUAAGGAAUGGCCGCCAUCAAAUAACAACCACAAGACACAGGCAUCCAAUCCUCCAAGUGAUAGUUCCGAGCCUUCAUCACGCACGAAGAAGUCGAGACCUGUGGAUCGAUUUGGCUACGCGGCGGCCCUAAAGGACAAAUCCAACAACCAAGAGACAGACAAAGCAGGAGAGACGUGGUGGUGA